CACCUUCAUCCCUUGAGCGCGUUAUGUAAUAUGCGAAUAUCGAUACUUAGCAUCGAAGCGCAUCUGAGAAUCGCGAUUCCGAAGUAUCGAUACUUUUAUCAAACAGGAUGCAACCAUAAUCGCAAUUUUUCGCUUUCUUAUUUUCCGUACAAAACCAAAUCUUGUUACAGACGAAGCACUAUGGCAGUUGAACGAUGACGAUUUGAAGGAAAUUGGCAUUUUAGAAAAUUAUAUCAAAACAUUUCCAAUCAAAUGAUGAAACGGAGCGCAAUGAACACAUUCCACAAACUUUUCAAAAUCAAAAGAUACACCAGGUUUUAUCCGAGGAACCAACAUUUUUGAAGACAUUACAAGGAAAAUUGCAAUACGGGUUGAUACCGGAAACAAAAGAACUACUUUUUAUGAACCGAAUCCUAACUAAACACUUUUUCGAAAAACAAAUAUUUCAGGAUAAAAGAUACCCGUCGUGGCAACAGAAAAAAGAUCUGGCUAUAAAAAUCAUUGAAGAGUUUUCUCAAUUGGAAAAGACUAGGAUAAACCCGGAUUCCCCUGAAGAGUCGUUCUUCUUUUGGCGACAAAGUGGCAAAGAACACGGGUGCCACAGUGGGAUCAUCGAAACAAGAGUAGAAAACAUGCGGAAAGAUAUAUUACCGGAAAAUCGUUUGUUCCGGCGCGUGCGUCCAAAGAAGAUUAUUGUACCGGAGACAUCCAACGAGACAGCAGCACUUCUUGCAGCUCUUUCUGCAACUGCUCAAAACGCCAAAUAUAUUUCGGAUAGUAUGGCCGAAUGUACAGAAAUCCAUCAAUGGAUACUAAAUAAAAAAUCGGAAAACAAUACUCAAGAGAUACUCGAAGUCUUUCCUCAUUUACUCAACUAUAACGGACUAUUGGUAUUACACAUUCAACAAGCGUAUGAGAGAAUACACACUUCGUACAACACAACUGCAGAUCUGAAAUCAUUCCUCAGUCUUGCUGUGCUGCUCGAUGAAAAUUGUUGGCUCAGCGUGGAAGAUUCUAACCUAAAAGGUUUACUGAUAUUUAAAAAAAAACUUGGAAACCGCGGAGUUAAGCGAGUGGCUGACACGAACGAACAGCUUUCAAUGGAGGAGCUGCUAGCAUGGCCUUUAAUCCGGUGGAUGAAGAGCAACGGCGACCCGGAAAACGUACAAGUCGACAUCUAUAAAAGUAACAAAACAGAUCCACAUAUUUUGUGUAUCGGCGAAAAGCAGUCUCGGGGAAACAUGUAUUUGAUAUUCUAUUCAUACUCCAUAUCUUGUGGAAAUUCAUCGUUACAGGCGAUAGAGGUUUUUUUCAAAUCGUUUUCCGUUUUGGGAAUACCCAUACCACUUCAAUUGAAGAAAAUUCACGAUUUCCUGUCCAUUAAAUUAUGGAAAACGUUAAGUUCGACAAUAAGUGUGACAGUUCAAAGGUUAAUUUCAAAAAUUAUCGACUACGAGCAAAGCCUUGAAGAUUGACUGCAUUUCACUUUAAUAUUUAAUCAUUGAAAUAAAUUCAAAUAUCUUAUCUUCGAA